AUGUGUGAGUUUCAUGAAGACGAUGAGCCUCAAGCAGCCUCCGAAAUCAAGGGCCACAAGAGAAACCUCAGCAACAGAACUGCGGAUGCUUCUCCAGUGAGAAGAUCGAAGCGGCAAAGAUCAACCAUCAACCUCAAGGAACAGUCUUCUUCAGACGAAUCCGAGGAGGAGAACGACUUAAAGGUGACACUUGCAAAGUCUAAACAACCGAAAAAGUCUCGGGCCCCUUCAUCCUCAAAGAAGGUCGAAAGUCCCGAAGCAAAAGCUGUUUCUGAUGUCACGAUUGUUUGUAAAGAGCCAACUGAGGUCAAAGCCGAAGGCGACGCUACAGCCAGCACCCAGAAGGCUAAGCCUACUCCCGCUAAGAGAGGAAAGAAGACCAAAGAGCAAAAAGAGCUCGAAGCUAUGCCUCUUGCGCCACGUACACAGGGGUUGAAGAUAGGUAAUGCAUUCGCGCUGUUUCUGAAAUCUCAGCGGAAAUGGGACAACCCGGCCCUUUUGGACGAGCAUCGUGAUCAGUUCCGCAAGCUAUGCGAAGAGAAGGGAUAUGACGCAGCCAAGCACGUUCUCCCGCAUGGGUCGUAUCUAGUGAACCUUGCCCAGGGCGACAAGGCUAAAGCCAAGCAGGCCUAUGACUCCUUCCUGGACGACCUUCGCCGGUGCGAAGCGCUUGGUAUCAAGCUUUACAACUUCCAUCCGGGAAGCACCAACCAAACUCCCCUCCCAGACGCCCUCUCUCGCUUAGCAAGCACUUUAACCAAAGCCAUCAGCGAAACUUCAACUGUAAUCCCAGUUCUGGAAACAAUGUGCGGCCAUGGGAACACAAUCGGCGGCGCACUUUCCGAAUUCAAGGACCUCCUCGCCCUGAUCCCGAAAGAACACCACUCCCGCAUCGGCAUCUGCAUUGACACUUGCCACAGCUUUGCAGCCGGGUACGAUCUCGCCUCGCCAAAAGGCUUCAAGGCAUUCCUCGACGAGUUCGAAAAGCUUAUCGGUAUCCAAUUUCUGAAAGCGCUGCAUCUGAACGACUCCAAGGCACCAUUCGGCAGCAAGCGUGAUUUGCAUGCUAAUAUCGGAACCGGAUUCCUGGGUCUCCGGGCUUUCCACAAUGUGAUGAAUGAGCCACGGUUUGAAGGGCUACCCAUGGUUUUGGAAACGCCCAUUGACCGCACUGAAGGGGAAGUUGCGGAUGAGGGAAGUGAGAGUGAGUCUGGCACAAAGAAAAAGGGCAAGAAGGCCAAGCGACUUACUGGUGCGUCGGCACCAACUGUUCAAGAUCCUGGCGUUUGGGCUCGGGAGAUCAAAUUACUGGAGUCAUUGAUUGGAAUGGAUCCAGAAGGGGAAGAAUUCAAAGCUCUUGAAGCGAAACUUUCUGAGCAGGGGCGAGAGACGCGUGAGAAACAACAGGAGCAGCAUGAUAGGAAAGUUGAGACGGAGAAGAAAAAAGAAGCCAAGGAAAAAGCGAAGGGUCAAAAGAGUUUGGUGGAUAUGAUGAAGGGCGGGAAAUAG